AUGUUGUUUAAUUUGUACGGCUAUGUUGAGGCAAGUCUCAAAUACAUCCUGGUCUUCAAAAAUGAACAUGAUGCAUCGGGUCAAAAUUUUUUGAUCGUUGAAAACCCGGCAGAUAUAGGAAUGUCUGGCCUGCCGAAUGCAUAUGAAAAAAAGAAAAUGGUGCAACCAUUACCGCAUGAGAUCAGACGCACACGUUUCCCUGAGAGAAAUAUGGUCAAUAAACGCUUUGACUACGAUGAUAGUACCUAUCAUAGUCACAUUGCUGGUAUCAAGAGGAUUAGCUAUGGGACAUACCGUGAUGUGAUUGAAAAGAACCCAGACAUCGAUUUUAAAGUUAUUAAUGUACCAAUAUCCAUUUUAUCGUAUCAAAAAAUCAUGAAAUUGUCACAAAGAGAUAAAUAUAAUGGAGAUGUUCCUAUCUUUGAUACAGAUGAAAUUUGUGCACUCGUGAAGAGUUUAUCAUUCUUUGAUGAAUACGGGAGAGGAGCAAUUGCGUGUGCAGCGUGCAUGCAUUUGUUGAAUAAUCCCGAGCUGCUCCAGGAAAUGAAAAACUACAAUCACGAUCCUAAUAACGGCCAGUAUAACGAGUCAACUAUGCUUCUCUCCAAAUAUAUAUUCGGAUCAAGCGACAUUGCGACACAACUUAGAAAAUCGAUCAAGUCAUAUGUUAUACUUGCCUUGGAGGAUAAAGAUAAAAAUUGGGCAGAAAUAUAUGGAAAAUCGAAAGUUCGGUGUUACCAUUAUCGAACCAUUGAUUCACACAAGUUUACAUUAGCGUUCUUGUUCGAUACGUUAUACACGGGAUACAAAUGGUUGCUGAAUAACAAGGAAAUUUUAGAUAGUGAAUUUAAUGUUAGUAGUAGUGAUUCGCCAUAUACUGUAAGUAUAUACGGCUUGAAAUCACAUGGAGAUUUCGAAAAUGACACACUUAAGCGUACUCUAGAGGCAGUUACAACCAGCAAAUUUCUCACAGGAACAAAUGUGGAUAGCUUAACUUUGGAAUUUAACAGUAUCCACACUAAUGUUGAUCUUUCAUGUCUUAAUAACAUAAAAGCUCCAGUAACUGUAGUAUGCAUUCGUUGUUCACUCACUUUUAUACAAUCAAUACCAGAACGCCUUAAAGUUGCAGUGUUGAUCACAGAAAAUAUACCGGAUGAUGCAUUUAAUAACAUUUUUUAA